UCAGUGAGCAGGGAGAUUGCGGAGGGACUUUGCGGACAUGGGGGACGAAAAGAUGUUAGAGAAACCACAGGAGAGGAAAGGGAGGUUAACUCUUGUUUUAGCUUUGGCAACGCUCAUCUCCACCUUUGGCUCAUCUUUCCAGUAUGGCUACAACGUUGCGGUGGUCAACUCUCCGGCACCGUUCAUGCAGCAGUUCUACAACCAGACGUACCUGGAUCGCUAUGGGACACCGAUGGCAGACAGCUUCCUGACCCUGCUGUGGUCCCUGUCAGUGUCCAUGUACCCCCUUGGUGGAUUCUUUGGAUCCCUGAUGGUGGCACCUCUGGUCAACAAGAUAGGACGGAAGGGCACGCUCCUGUUCAACAACAUCUUCUCCAUCGUUCCUGCCAUUAUGAUGGGGGCGAGCGAGGCGGCCAGAUCGUACGAGAUCAUCAUCGUUGCCCGUAUCCUGGUGGGCAUCUGCGCAGGCCUGUCCUCUAACGUGGUGCCCAUGUACCUCGGCGAGCUGUCCCCCAAAAACCUGCGGGGCGCCAUCGGCAUCGUGCCCCAGCUCUUCAUCACCAUCGGCAUCCUCACCGCCCAGGUGUUCGGCAUACGGCACAUCCUUGGCCACAGUUCAGGGUGGCCCAUCAUGCUGGCUUUGACAGGUGUCCCCGCCGUCAUUGAGCUGUUGCUCCUCCCCUUCUUCCCCGAGAGCCCCAGGUACAUGCUCAUCCAGAAGGGGGACGAGAAGACCGCCCGGAGAGAUCUGCAGCGCCUGCGGGGCUGGGAGGACGUGGACGAGGAGCUGCAGGAGAUGCGGCUGGAGGAUCAGUCGGAGCGGGCGGAGGGCCGCCUCUCCGUGCUCAACCUGUUCUCCUUCCGCUCCCUGCGCUGGCAGCUGGUGUCCAUCAUCGCCAUGAACAUGGGCCAGCAGCUGUCGGGCGUCAACGCGAUAUACUACUACGCAGACAGUAUCUAUGGCUCAGCGGGUGUCAAGGAGAGCGACAUUCAGUACGUUACGGUUGGAACGGGGACUGUGAACGUCUUCAUGACCAUUGCUGCGGUAUUCAUUGUGGAGGCCACUGGGAGAAAACUGCUGCUUCUGAGUGGCUUUGGCAUCUGCUGCGGGGCCUGUGUGCUGCUCACUAUCGCCCUCACCUUCCAGGAGACUGUGGAGUGGAUGCCCUACCUCAGCAUCUGCUGUGUCAUCAUCUACGUCAUCGGACAUGCCAUCGGACCCAGUCCGAUUCCUUACGUGGUUACCACGGAGAUGUUCCGUCAGUCGUCGCGGCCGGCUGCCUUCAUGGUCGCCGGCUCGGUGCAUUGGCUGUCCAAUUUCACCGUGGGGCUGGUGUUCCCCUUCAUGGAGAAAGGAUUGGGGACAUACUGCUUCAUCAUCUUCUCCUUCAUCUGCCUGGCCACUCUGGCGUACAUCUGGAUAGUCGUCCCAGAGACCAAGAACAAGACCUUCCUCGAAAUCAGCCAGCUGUUUGCUGAGAAGAACGGGACGGAGAUCGUCGUGGACCCCGAAGACCUGGACUUUAAAGAGCUGAAACCCAGAGGAAGCUUACAGGAGGAUAUGAAGGUCACCGCUUUCUGAGGGAGGAACCCAUGCCAAUGAUAGAGAGUAGCAACAUGAUGGCUGGUUUCCUUUCACAUCUUUUCCUGUUGAUUUUUCAUGUGGACAUCAAUAGUCACUGGCCAGCUCCUCUUUCUAAUGGUUAUGGAAUGUACACACCAGCUGUAUUUAUCUUUGCGUGGGUUUUAUUUUGUGCAUUUAGAUAUUUGCUAAUAUUUCUACCAUCCAAGCCUCCACAAACAAAUGAUGAACAUUUACACCAGGGAAUUUCACAGGACAAUGUAGCCACAACAUCAUCAGGGUUUGAUGUAACAUGCAGUAGUCAUGGUAACGGAAUGAAAACUAGCAAUUGGGUGCUAUAAAUGUGAAAAAAAAAAUGUACAGAUUGAAAAAUGACUUCUGUAUUACAUUUCACUGUUCACAUUAUGUGUGUAUUUACGUCUGAUUUGCAAACAAAUUUCCGGUAUUCAGCAAUAAGGGGAAUUGAACAUUUUGCUCAAAGAGCAUGCAUUACAGGCAAAGAAUAUUAGCAUUUACAUGUACAUAUAAACAAGCAAAGCCAAGUAUUAUCAGGUUUGUAAGGCAUUUUAAACAUGGAAACACAAUUUACGCACAAUUCUUUAGCUGUGAGUGACAGCUCUAGCUCUGUCCACCAUAUUCCUGUCAGGAUUACAGGUUAAUUGGCCAGUGUAAUGCUGCCAUGGUUUGUCACUGAUAUAAGUUUAUUUGAUUUUCUUAAAACACUGCCAGUGUAAAUGUGUACAAUAAACGUAACUUAGAAUGCUCAACUUCCAAAGCAUACUCUAGGUUAAACUUUAUUAAGAAUAAAAUUAAUGACAAAUUGAUGUGUUCAUUGACAAGGAUGGCCAUCUGGCUUUACCAUCAGAGUUUCCAAGGUUGUUUUUUCUUACAGAAAGAAAUGCCUCUCUGUUUUUCCCGCCGUUUGUGUCAGAAUUAACCAGCACAGCAUAAAAUCACAAA